AUGAGCCUGCAUCAGUUUGCCAUUACAGUGCGUAUGCUGCAUCCGUAUUUCCUGCUACACUGUGCCCUGGCAGAGACACAGCUGGAGGUGCUCUAUUCGGAGCAUGAUGACAACACCAGCUUGUUCUUGAUCCUCGAGGGCGAAGUCAUCUUCCGUGACGGCAGUCGCGUCACCUACAUCAGUGAGGGAGGCACCCUUGGCGAGUUCAAGGUCUUUGACCUCGAGCAGGCGAACACAGAACAGCGAGUUGAGGUGAUCACAGACUGCGAGGUUUUCGAGUUACCUGAAGCGGCUAUGAAGAGGUUCUUGGAAUAUUCUCCUGCAGACAGAAGCAUCUUGACAGAGUUCUACAAGGCCAAACUGCAAGAGCAGGACAAUGACGACGUGCGCAGCUGCAGGAGAUCCAUAAGAAGACUCAUCCGGUCCAUCGUCAAGUUCUUCACGAGUGGUGUGCAGACUUCAAAGACCAUUUGGCUCCAAGCUGUCUUUGCUCUGUUGCUUAUCGUGGUUGGAAGCUUCACGCAUGGCAUGGUCGUCACGAAGAUGCACAACAAUCGGAAUAACGAGGGCCUUGAGAGCGGGAGCAUGGCGGAGAACGCCUUAACGCUGAUGUUUCUGGUGUGCAAGUUGAUGCGCCAAAACCUGCCGCUCACAUACCUCAAAAGAUUCUUCAGCGAGCAAGAGACGCAGAUGUAUGUCAACAUUCGAUUGCAGAGCAGUUCUGGGUCGAUAUGGGUGACAGUCAAGCUGGCAGUCAUCAUGCUGGGCUGGGGCCACUGGGUGGGAUGCAUCUUCCUGCUGCUGUCCUUUGCCAGAGAAGCCUCUUCCGAUGGUUUGCAGGACAGCAUGUUCCAGCAGCUGUAUGAGCGCACCCGCAUAUCAGAGCCCACGAAUGAGGAGUGGUGGGGCGACUAUCUUGCUGCUUUCUACAAGGCUUUCAACCGGAAUUAUGAAGGGUCCAUGCCAGAGAGAUUCGAAGAGUUUGUGCUCAUCCUCUUCGUCGCAGCUGGGCUGCUUGCGAUGAAGUCCUACGUCAUUGGAUCCUUCUUCAAGUUGCAGGAGACGAAGAAGGACCUGGCUCGAGAGGUGCAGCAACUCUUAGACCAAGCACAGAUGGUGUGUGAUGCUCUUGACUUGCCACCAAGCAUCCGCAAAUCCAUUCGACAGCACAUGAUGUUCCAAUGGUCCAAGGCCAGAGAUGUUGGUAACCGUGAGGUGGUUCUCAAAACCUUCGCGCCCGACUUGCAGAAGAAAGUCAAGGAGCAAAUCUACUUGCCCAUUAUUCAAGCCAACGAGAAGCUGUUCAGUGGGGCCAGCUCAGACUUCAUGCUUCAGAUUAUCGACCAACUCGAGGUGGUGGUACUGCAGCCCUCCGAGAUCUUGUUCUGUGAGAACGAUGCCCCGCAAGAUCUGUGCUUUCUGGAGACCGGCACCCUUAUGAUCACCUCACAGGAGCAACUGGUGCGCUACGUGAGGAGCGACAGACCGAAUGAGCCAACAGCAGUGGGUGAAGUCUCUUUCGUUUUAAAGAUGCCGCACCUGUACUCUGCCCGGUCUCGCUCGGGAGUUGAGUCCUCAAUCCUCAAGAUCACCCGAAGCAACUUCGAGCUCAUCAUGGCAAAUCUCGAUGCGGACCGAGACCAACUGCUUCACAACGUGGCUUUUUCGAUGAAGCUCUCGAUGAACGGCGCCGACCUCAAGAAGGGUGCCGUUAUGCCCGACGCCCAGGACGAGACCGAGUUCCUGCAGCACAUGCGGGAAUCCGUUCGGCAGAUGCUUUUGAGUCGAACUGCCCAUAUGUCAAUCACGUUCAUCAACGCGGCGGCAGAGGGGAAUUUGGAGCAGGUGGAACUCCUUCUUCGCAAGCGCGUUUCCAUCGACACUGCGAAUUGCGACGGCCGCACGGCCAUGCAUUUAGCAGCUGCCGAGGGCCGGGAUGUGGUGAUCAAGACCUUGAUCAAAAAUGAAGGCAACGUAAACAUGCAAGACCGCUGGAAGGGUACACCGCUGAGAGAUGCUGUCCUCGGCAAGUUCAGCGCCGUCACUGAGGUCCUCAUUGAGCAAAACGCCGACCUCAAUCUCGAGGACCCGGCCACGGCCUUGUGUGACGCGGCCUCCAGCGGCAAUUUGAUGGCACUCAAAGAGCUCAUUGAGGUCAAGAUCGAUCCAAAUAGUGGCGACUAUGACCUUCGCACUGCUUUGCACCUGGCAGCCUCGGAGGGAAAAUUGGAGGUCAUCUCCUUCCUGCUGGACUCUCGCGCCAACCCCAACUUCAAGGACCGCUGGGGUGGGACAGCCUUGGAAGACGCCAUUCAGAACAACCACUCGGCUGUGGCCGCGCAGCUGAUCUUCUCCAAGAAAGGCGGCUUGCGUCAGGCCGUGCUCUACCGGAAGCUGACCCCAGUAAGCAAGCGGGUGGGCACGUCUUUGGGAAUGUGGCUUGCAGAAGCAGGCGGCACGCAUGAGCUGGCAGCCGGGUGGCUGUGCGAUGCUGCGUCCGCAGGGAACAUUCUGAAGCCUCUUGGCGAGCUUGCUCAUGUGUUGCAGCAGCUCAUCGAGAACUCAGUGGAUGUCAAUAUCAGCGACUACGACGCACGGACGGCACUCCACCUUGCUGCAACGGAAGGUCCACGGGGGGCUUUGUUGCUUCAAAGGCGUGUAGACUAG